AUGGCGAGCAAAGCAAGCCUGAUGGCUGGAGAAGGAGAGGAUGAGAAGGAGGAGGAGUUGGUGGUGGAGAAGGUAGAAGAAGAUGCAACAGGCAAAUUCUCAUCUGUUAAUAGUGGACAUCUGUUCUCAAAUAUAAGUCACUGUAUUGACCAGCACAAGAUAGACUGUGUUAUACACUUUGCGGCAUUAAAAGCAGUUGGAGAAUCAUGCCAAGAACCACUCAAGUAUUACAGCAACAAUGUCUCGGGAUCUAUCACCUUGUUGAAGGUGAUGAAAGAGAAGAAUGUGACGAAAUUGGUGUUUUCUUCAUCAUCUACCGUCUAUGGAAAUCCUGAAUAUCUACCUAUAUGUGAAAAACAUCCAACUGGACGAAGCUGUACAAAUCCGUAUGGCAAAUCGAAAUACUUUGUUGAAGAAAUUCUCAGAGAUUUGGUGACUUCUGACAAGGUAAGCUGGAUUAGUACAAACUAUCGUCAACCCAGAUGUAAGCUGUGCUUUAGGCGAAGAGAUUGGAGAAUGUUUGGAUUCAACUUUGAAUGA